CGCAAAAGCUGAACCCAAUGUUGACAUCAAAGUGCUGUCAACUGAGGAGACAAUGAGUGACCACUUGAGUGACCAGUUGUGUCACAUCGGCAUCGAUGACACCGCCGAUGACCACAUGGACAGCACGGACACCAUCGGCGACACCGUCUACUCCAAGCACUGGCUCUUCAAAUGUCUGGUGAACGCCGUUAAGAUAGUGAACGGCGAGAAGAGUGGUGAUGGCGGUGAUGGCAGUGGCGGUGAUAGUGAGGGGUCAGCGCAAGAACCCAUUGAGUUGGACGAGAGGUCGGAGGAGGAGCUGUCGAUACUGUGGGACAUGUCGACCAACGAAGACGUGAUGGCAUUCCUCUGUGAGAUCAAAGCCAUGGAUCUGUUCGAGACGAUCAUCACGAGGACUAAUUCGCCCCGUUUUGCUGAAAUCAGUGCCGGAAUAUUGGCUAACAUUGCCAUCAAUUCAGACAUUUGUCUCAAUUUGGCGAAUAAACAGCACUUCAGACAAUUAAUCGUGGAUUCGAUCAGCUCUUCGGACAUACCAUUUGUGAUACAAGUGAUACGUAUAGUGAGCGCAUCCCUGAGCAACAGUGAGACACAGGCGCUGUGGCUGCAGACCAUCCGCGAAAACAGCGACCACUUCCUGCAGACCAUUCACUACUCACUCGAGAACUGUUUGAAUUGCGAUCUCCUGAAGAGCGUGAUUCUGGUGAUCAACAAAAUGCUGUACUUAGACGACACGAUCGGCCAGUUGUGGCUCGCGUUUGACCGGCGAUACGAGUGCGUC